AUGGAACAAGGUUACUUAGAAGAAGCCUUUGAUCAGGACUAUGAACCUGAAGAUGAAGAUGAACGUGAUUUCAAUCUACAUGGACAAUUCGAUGAUAUCGAUGACUCCAAAAGAGAAGAGCUCUUGGCAGAUGCAGACAAUGAUGUCAAUGAUAUGCCAGAACUCACUGUCAGAUUCCAAGGAGAUGAUGACUAUGAAUCAGACGACGAUUUGGGUGAUGAAGGCGAUGAAGAGGAAGAACCUAUUGUGGCCGAUUUGGAUCAAUAA